AGCUUAAAUCCCGCCAAAAGCUAACAUUUAACCUCGUGUCACAUAGAAGGACAUAAAAUUAUAUUGUCUCGUUGAAAAAUUAUAUUUUCUUUAGUUUCUUUAAUUUCUAAAAACUGUGAAUAGCCGAGAAUGGUUGCUAAGGGCAAGAUGUUCGUUUUGAAGCGUAAUGGUAUUAAGGAAGAGGUGCAUUUUGACAAAAUCACUUCGAGAAUACAAAAACUUUGCUAUGGCUUGGACAUGGAUUAUGUGGAUCCACCUGCAAUUACUUUUCGUGUAAUCAAUGGACUCUAUUCUGGAGUGACAACUGUUGAAUUGGAUAAUCUUGCUGCUGAGACUGCAGCAACAAUGACUACCAAGCAUCCUGAUUAUGCAAUUCUAGCAGCCAGAAUUGCAGUUUCAAAUCUUCACAAAGAAACGAAAAAGGCUUUCAGCGAGGUCAUAACUGAUUUAUAUGAGAUGAUAGAUAGCAAUACCAAAGAAAGAAUGUCUAUGAUUAAUGACAAUAAUUAUCAAAUUAUACAAAAAAAUGCAGAGAGAUUGAACUCAGCUAUAAUUUACGAUCGCGAUUUUAGUUAUAAUUAUUUUGGAUUUAAAACACUGGAGAGGAGUUAUUUACUUAAGAUAGAUGGUAAAGUCGUUGAAAGGCCACAGCACAUGUUGAUGAGAGUUGCAGUAGCCAUUCAUCGUGAUGACAUUGACAAAGUCAUCGAAACUUAUAAUCAUCUAUCUGAACGCUAUUUCACUCACGCAUCACCCACAUUAUUCUCUGCAUGUACUUUGAGAGAACAAAUGUCCAGUUGUUUCCUUUUAACGAUGUCUGAAGACAGUAUUGAAGGCAUUUACGAUACUUUAAAAAGAUGUGCACUUAUUAGUAAAUCCGCCGGUGGAAUCGGCGUUAAUGUUCAUUGCAUCAGAGCCAAAGGAACUCGCAUCGCAGGAACUCACGGACAAUCAAAUGGUCUUGUUCCCAUGAUCAGAGUUUACAAUAGUACCGCGCGAUACGUCGAUCAAGGUGGAAACAAGAGACCCGGAGCAUUUGCCAUCUACAUCGAGCCUUGGCAUGCUGAUGUUUUUGAAUUUCUUGACCUAAAGAAAAAUACCGGAAAAGAGGAAUAUCGUGCAAGAGAAUUAUUCUACGGUCUUUGGAUUCCGGAUUUAUUUAUGAAACGUGUAAUGGACGAUGAAAUGUGGACUUUAAUGUGUCCCCACGAAUCGCCAGGACUCGCUGACGUUUGGGGAGAAGAAUUUGAAGCUCUCUAUACAAAAUACGAGGCGGAAGGUAAAUUCAAACGACAAAUUAAAGCGCGUGAUCUUUGGACUGCAAUUUUAAUUUCGCAAGUUGAAACCGGAACGCCCUAUAUGCUCUAUAAGGAUCACUGCAAUAGAAAAUCAAAUCAACAAAAUAUUGGAACAAUAAAGUGCAGUAAUCUUUGCACUGAAAUUAUUCAAUAUUCUAGUCCAGAUGAAGUGGCCGUUUGCAAUUUGGCUUCAAUUGCCGUUAAUAUGUUUGUCAAUGCAACAAGUAGGACUUUUGACUUUUUAAAACUUAAGGAAGUUGCCAAAAUUGUUACGAAAAAUUUGGACAAAAUUAUUGACAAUAAUUUCUAUCCUGUACCUGAAGCGGAGAGAUCUAACAUGAGACACAGACCAAUUGGUAUUGGAAUACAAGGAUUAGCGGAUGCAUUUUUGUUGAUGCGUUUUCCAUUUGAGAGUGAAGAGGCACAAAAGUUGAACACACAAAUUUUUGAAACUCUUUAUUACGGAGCAUUGGAGGCUAGUUGUGAAAUCGCAGAAGAAAAGGGCCCCUACUCCAGUUACGAAGGAAGUCCAGUUAGUAAAGGGAUUUUGCAAUAUGACAUGUGGAAUGUGACACCGACAGAUCUUUGGGAUUGGCAAGCCUUAAAGGCGAAAAUCGCAAAACAUGGAGUUCGUAAUUCAUUAUUAUUAGCGCCAAUGCCAACAGCUUCGACUGCACAAAUUUUGGGCAACAAUGAAUCAAUUGAACCAUACACAAGCAAUAUUUAUUCAAGACGCGUUCUUUCGGGAGAAUUUCAAAUUGUUAAUCCCCAUCUUUUGAAAGAUUUAACGGAAAGAGAUCUAUGGGAUGAAGAUAUGAAAAAUGAAAUUAUCGCAAACAAUGGCUCAGUUCAGGGAAUUGCUGGAAUUCCAGACGACUUGAAAGAAUUAUACAAGACUGUGUGGGAAAUAAAACAGAAGACAAUUUUAAAAAUGGCUGCAGACAGAGGUGCUUUCAUUGAUCAGUCUCAAUCUUUGAAUGUUCAUAUGUUAAAGCCAACGACGGAAACUUUAACUAGUAUGCAUUUCUACGGAUGGAAAAUGGGCUUAAAGACAGGAAUGUAUUAUUUACGCACGAAGCCUGCGGCAAAUGCAUUACAAUUCACUGUCGACAAGACAAGACUGCAAAAAUCAACUGCUGUUAAGAAUGGCACUGAUGUUGAACAACAGGAAAAAAAAGUUGAGGACCUCGAGGCAGUUUUAGCGUGUUCGCGUGAAAAUGGUGACGCUUGCAUGUCCUGUGGAGCAUAAAAAGUACUUAAUUUCAAAAAUAAUGAGACAUUAAUGCCACUUUCAGUUUUAUAAUCGACAUUUUAUGCAUUUUAGAUUAUUAAACCUUGUAAAUAAACAUUCGAUAAACGUCCUAUUUAAUAAAUUCGUUUUCAUAUUA